AGAGAGCACUUGGCCAGUUGGCCACUUGUGUGCUCCCCCCAGAACCCAUGAUGGAACGGAGUGAAUGCCGAGCCGAGCCGAGGCGAGGCCCGAAGCCGUCGGAUUCGAUUCCUCUGCUCUGCUCUGCUCUGCUCUGCUCCUCCUCCCCAAUUCCCCACCUCCGCCCCGCCGGCCAGACCAAAUUCUGAAAUCUGAGCAGUGCCGACCCCGAGGAGCAUUCCGUUCCAUGGCCUCGCCUUCCUAACGGAUCGCGGGAUUAGCAAGCCUCGCCUCGCUGCUUUUGGUUGAAAGCCGGCAUUUGGUCUGAAGGUUCUGGCAGGAAUCCAAGAUGGGUGUAAUCAGCACUGUUCUUGGUUUCACUGGAUUUGGCUUUGGGUUCUCGGCUGGCAUUGUUAUUGGGUACUUCCUCUUCAUCUAUGUCCAGCCAGCUGAUGUCAAGGAUGUCAAAGUUCGCCCGCUUGUGGAAUAUGAUUCAAAAUCUUUGGAGGGCAUCCUUCCUGAAAUUCCACUGUGGGUCAAGAAUCCCGACUAUGAUAGAAUUGAUUGGCUGAACAGGUUUUUGGAAUUGAUGUGGCCUUAUCUUGACAAGGCUAUCUGCAGAACUGCACAGGAUAUCGCAAAGCCAAUUAUUGCUGAGAAUACUGCAAAGUAUAAGAUAGACUCUGUUGAGUUUGAAACACUUACUUUGGGUAGUCUACCACCCACCUUUCAAGGGAUGAAAGUCUAUGUCACAGAGGAGCAAGAGUUGAUAAUGGAACCAUGUCUUAAAUGGGCUGCAAAUCCAAAUGUCACAGUUGUUAUAAAGGCUUAUGGUUUGAAAGCUACUGUCCAGAUUGUUGAUCUACAAGUCUUUGCAUUACCUCGUAUUACUCUGAAGCCAUUAGUGCCUACAUUUCCUUGCUUUGCAAAAAUCCUUGUCUCGCUAAUGGAGAAGCCACAUGUUGACUUUGGGCUAAAGAUUCUUGGAGCUGAUGUAAUGGCUAUUCCUGGUCUUUACAGAUUUGUCCAGGAGACCAUCAAGAAGCAAGUCGCAAUCAUGUAUUUGUGGCCGAAGACACUAGAAGUACCUAUAAUGGACCCCUCAAAAGCAUCAAAAAAGCCUGUUGGAAUUCUACUUGUGAAGGUCAUAAGAGCCCAAAAUUUGCGAAAGAAGGAUCUGCUGGGUAAAUCAGACCCAUAUGUGAAACUUAAAAUGUCAGAUGAUAAGCUUCCAUCCAAGAAGACUACUGUAAAGCGCAGCAAUCUCAAUCCAGAGUGGAAUGAAGAUUUUAAGUUUGUAGUGACUGAUCCAGAAAACCAGGCUCUUGAAGUUAAUGUCUUCGACUGGGAACAGGUUGGGAAACAUGAAAAGAUGGGAAUGAACAUGGUCCUACUGAAAGACCUCCCACCUGAGGAGACUAAAGUUACUACCCUCAACUUGCUUAAGACCAUGGAUCCAAAUGAUGUACAAAAUGAGAAGUCUCGUGGCCAGCUUACUCUAGAGCUCACAUACAAACCUUUCAAGGAAGAAGAUGGCGAGAUAGAAGAUACAGAGGGUACCAAUGUGAUAGAAAAAGCUCCAGAUGGCACUCCAGCUGGCGGUGGAUUGCUUUUUGUUAUUGUUCAUGAAGCCAAAGAUCUUGAGGGGAAGCACCAUACAAACCCCUAUGCAAAAAUAAUUUUCAAAGGCGAAGAGAAGAAAACAAAGGUCAUCAAGAAGAAUAGGGAUCCACGAUGGGUGGAUGAAUUCGAGUUUGUGUGCGAGGAGCCUCCUGUAAAUGAUAAACUACAUGUUGAAGUCCUAAGUAAAGCCCCGAAGAAAGGGCUGAUAUAUGGCAAGGAAACUUUGGGCUACAUUGAUGUCAGCCUUGCAGACGUGAUCAGUAACAAGAGAAUUAAUGAGAAGUACCAUCUCAUAGACUCAAAAAAUGGUCAGAUCCAAAUUGAGUUGCAGUGGAGAACUUCCUAGACAGGAAGAGCAAGAAUGCAUGAUGUGGUAUACAUAUGAAUGUUCGUGUACUGAGUUUGCGGAUACCUGUAAUUGAGCUCAUGUAGAUAUUCCUUUUGUUUGCAGACAUCUGUUGAGAUUUUUUUCCCCCUUUUAAUUGCUCAGAUUUACUAGAAAUACUAUGUAGGCAUGUGAUCCCUGGAACGGAACUGAGCUUAUUCUGGACUAAAGAAGGACAAUACAAACACACAGCAUUCCGGAAUGUCGAGAAUUCGCAGCACGCUCCAAA